CGGUGGAAGAAAAAAAACGGCUGCUUUUCUUUUAAUUUGCCUUUUUUUUGGGGUGGACUUGUCCUUUAAGAAGUGAAAUUCUUCAUUUGGUCUUUAUUCCAGUGUGAGGACAUCAGCAUGGAUGAGACCGAAUUACGCAUAGCAUCCUUGGAGGAUCUUUGUCUUGAUCUGGUUGGAAAUCUUGUGUCCAGUGUGGAUCUCAUGAAUGAAAUAAAAGGUCUCCCUCAUACCCUGUUAAAAUGCCUUCUUCCUCGAUGUGACAACUAUAGGCUAGCUCUCCUUCAUAAUACAGCAAUCAAUAGAGGUCUUGGCAUUCAGACAAUAUGGCGUGAGAGGUGCAAAGCUAGGUUCCGGUGGUUCUACCGGCACCGAUUCAAGUCCAACCUUCAUGACCCAUUCUGGCAGUGUUUUGUGUGUCUGUCUGCAACCGUACACAAUCGGUGUGUACAGGAUGAUGACUGGUAUCAGGUCUACAUGGACAAGGUGUGUGAGGAGAAUAUAGAGAAGAUAGGAACAGGAACCACUAGUCAAGAUAGUGAAUUCAUCUUGAGAUAUCCACUCCAGAGGGCAACAGCUGGCAUUGACUACAAGCCGAAUCAGCUGUUCCUGAGCCUCAAGACCGUGAUAGCUCUAAUCAGAUCACCAAGUGCUCUUAACUUCCUGGCGCAUCAUCUACGGACCCUCAUGUGUAGAAUUCAAAUCCCCACCAAGUACAAGGAACCGGUUACAUUGGCUUUAGAGCGGUUCCUGAGGGUUCUUCUUGGUGGGGGUAAGCUUGGAACAGUGUACCUCAAGGAACAGCAGGUCAUUCGGGGUGAAUCCAUUGACUAUGCUCGCCUGCUGGUUAUGCUGCUGCUAGGAAGGAUGGACGAUGGAGGAGAGACAGAGAUGGAACAGACUGAAGAAGGUUCCUCAGACAGAGAGGAGAGAAUUCCCGAGAGCCAUUCAUCGGAAGCUGGUGAUUUCAGUGAAGAUCUGUAUGAUUUCUGCUUCCAGGAGCCAGUGAAGCCUGAUUUCCAGCGGACAUUGGAUGCUUCUUCGGACUCUGAUGGUGACCUUGCGCCUUUCCAACCAGCAGGGACUGUCUAUGAUAUGUAUUGUGAGGAAGGUGCUGUAGGAGAUGCUAGAGGGGAUGCUGUAGGAGAGGACAACAUUGCUUCCUUCAUGAUACCUGAUAUCCAAUUAAGGGAUCCAUGCUGUCACCAUGUUGAUCUCGAAUAUAAUUAUUUCCAGCACUUCUCGAGAGUUCCUGAUUCUAGACCAACCCUUGGCUAUUCGGUCUCCAAUCUAGUCCUGGUCUAUGUUGGAUUAAAUCCCAAAAGCUGUUCUACCCUGGCUGAAUGUCUGGUCAGAUCUACAUCAUUAGAGUCAUUGGCUCUGAUACAGUGUGUCCUGCCUUCUUGUGGUUGGUGUGAGAUCAUGUCUGGAUUAGCUAUAAGGGCUCAGAAGGGAUUAGUACUCCAAGAACUUGCUCUUACAUUCAGCCCGACCUACAGGACCGUACCGCUGACUUUGUUUGGUCAGUACUGUGCACACAAACUCGACGAGAUGCUGGAAGCUUAUCAUGGCCUAAAUCACAAGAUGACGAGUCUGAAGCUGGAGCUCCUCCUUACCCGAACAUGCCAAGCAGCUAGUAAUUCAUUCCUACCCAAGUACCUCCCUAGUAUAUCCUGCCUUACGCUCAACUGCUGGUGCCGACCCUUGACCUUGGAUCAUUCUAACACUCAUCCACUCCAUCAGAUAGUCUCACCUGCAGACCUCUGUCGUGCCAUCCAAGUCAAGGAUUCUAUCCUCACCGACCUGCUGCUUGAGAAUUCAUCACUGGAGACAGAAGAGAUGGAUAGUCUUUUCGCUGCUGCUGCACAUGCUGUCAUGUUAAAGCGGUUGAGUGUGAGAAGAAACAGGUACUCCACAUCUCAUCCUACCGGCCUCAUUGCCUUACUGCACCACACCGGAUUACGCUCUCUUGAUUUGUGCCAAUGCAAGUUCUCAAUUAAAGAUUGUGAUAUAGAUUCCCAAGACGCUCUUGUAGAUGCACUUAUCAACAACUGUAACCUUCAGCUGCUUAACCUUUCAGAUCGUGUGCUAGGUGAUGAAGAUCUUGCCAUUCUGAGCAGAGCGUUUGCCGACACGAAGCGCACAAAACAACAUCCUGGAUACUGCCUUUCUAUCUGUCUUUCACCCUUUUCAUCAAGGGCCUUAGAGGAUUUCAGGGAGAUGCUCUCCAAGGGAGCAUCCGGUUGUCAUAGUAACAGGAGACUGCAUUCCUUAGAUCAUUUGAGUCUGGACUGGAAAUGUUUUGAUAUGAUAAGAACAUUGAAGACCAUCAUUCCUCAGGUGACGUGUCCACAUAGAAUAUCAAGUUGACAAUGUUUUGAUAUGAUAAGAACAUUGAAGACCAUCAUUCCUCAGGUGACGUGUCCACAUAGAAUAUCAAGUUGACAAUGUUUUGAUUUGAUAGGAACAUUGAAGACCAUCAUUGCUCGUGUGACCGGUCAUGUGUCCUGACCACACAGACUAUCAAGAUGACAAUGUACUCAUACGAUGGGUACAUUGAAGACCAUCAUUGCUCGUGUGACCGGUCAUGUGUCCUGACCAUACAGACUAUCGAGAUGACAAUGUAUUCAUACGAUGGGUACAUUGAAGACCAUCAUCUCUCAGGUGAACAGUCAUGUGACCUGUCUAUAUAGAAUAUCAAGUUGACAAUGUUUUAAUAUGAAGAGAUCAUUGAAGAUCAUCAUCGCUCAUGUGACCGGUCAUGUGUCCUGACCACACAGACUAUCAAGAUGACAAUGUAUUCAUAUGAUAAGAACAUUGAAGAAUAUCAGCCAUCAUGUGACAAAAAGAGCAAAAAGUAAGAUUUCAUGAAUAAAUUCUCAUAAUUCAUUCAUAUUAAGUGUAGAAUAAAUGAAUUUAGUGAAAUUUGCCUAUGCAAUCAUGUAGGUUAUGUCAUUCUCUACCAUUAUGCAAAUAUUUGUUGCGGUCUGCUGCUGGGAGGGACAUGAAUCAAAAUACCCCUGCGACUAUUAGGCUUAAAAUGUGUCGUUCUUUGAGGAGCCUAGUCCAUUUAUUUCCAGAAUAAGCUUAUCCACAAAAAUAUUAUUGGAGAAAUUUAUUCAAAAUCAAUGUACUGUCAUGAAAACAAAACAAGUUCUAUAUUUUCUUCUUACUUGAUAUUAAUAUGGUUUGACUGAUCCUUGAAGUAUAAUAUGAACAAUGUUAAGAUAUAUAGCUGAAGGGUUAUUGGAGAAACGAUGGUGAUUGUAAAUCUAUUAAGAAUUGGUCCAAGCCUGUUCAAAUGAAGUUUUUCAUUUAAGUAGGGGAAGGCGGGGUAAGUUGAGCAUAGGGGCAAGUUUAGCCACCACACCCAGGCCAAUAAUGAAUGAGUCAGACAUUGUGGAGAUGUCAUGUAUUGAUGACCCAUUACUUAACCCUUAACCCCACCACAUUGUUUUCAACUUUGAAACAAAAAGUACUUUUUUAGAGGGAAAAAUACAAAUUUCAGCCAAAAAAGUAAGAAAGAGUGUGAAAUAUAAUAAAGACAUAAGAACUACAUUGUUAGUCCAGGUAUAGAUCUUCAUUCCUGUCAUAGUUUUUUACAUGAUGGAUGCAUAAAAAAUGUGUGGAUGCGAAAUUAUCGCAUUAAGUUAGGACUGGGGCAAAUUGAGCCAACCAACAUGUGGCAAGUUGAGCUAUGGUAAUUCUUCUGGUAAUGUAUUUAAGAAAACAAACAAACCUUAAAAAGUCAUCGAUAUGCAGGCAGAAAGGAGCAAAUUUACAUGACUGUAAUUUCCCUUUUAGAGGAUGUUGGUAUUUAUAGAAAAUUAGCAAGUGAAAAGACUUUGAAUAAAAAAAUUGACAUGGUGGUUCUUCCCCCAUACAUUUUGUUUAUAGUUUUUGUGGCUCUACUCACCCCAGGAGGUAGCUCAACUUACCCCACAGAUGGGGCAAGUUGAGCCAUUUGACGGCUCUUUUUUCAAAGGUGACAGACAGUGGCUUUCAGUGUGGGGGUAGAAAGUUAUAUAUAGGUGAAAAAUAUUUCAGAAGAAUUAAAUUUUAAGGCAAGGUACUUAUUUCUACAAGAUUAUUAAUCAUAUCGAUUCUAACAUGCAAAAUGCAAAAAGUGUCACAACUUACCCCGCCUUCCCCUAUAUAUAUAUGAUGCAGUGACACAACAUUUUCCCCUGCGACAAUUGCUCCAGGCUUUAUUUCAUCUAGGGUUGCAAUAGGGUUUUAUGUUUGUUAGGUUUAUGGUAAGGUAAUGUAUUGUUUAACUUCGUGAGCAGCCGAUUUGAAAAAUUCUCAAACCAAGAUGAAACAUGUGUACAAGUGCAUGUAUUAGAACUAAUAAACCCUGAAAACAACCAUUAUUGAGAAUGAAAAGCAAAAACUACAAGGCAAACCCCGAUUUUGUAAAUGGGUGUCUAAUAGACGCCUAAAUAGUACACACAAGUGUAUGGGAUGAAAUUAAGAUGGUGUUUUUGGUCACUUUAUAUUUCAAUUUUUGAAGCACUAAAUAAUUAUUUUCGAACGCAAUUUUUUCUGGGCUUCAUUUUUGUAACAUAUCACAGACACAGGUGACAAGUGUGACCUUCUAGCUCAGAUUUUUUAAAAGUCAAAACAAUGUUAACCAAUCACUUAAGGUAGAGUAUAAUUUCAAAACCAAGGUUGAAGUUAGUCAUUCACUUAGUGUGUUGAAUUUAUAGAGGAGCAAUUGUCGCCGAGCAAAUGUCAUGGAACCAUAUGAUGUUCCAGAAAAAUCAUUUAAUGAUUAUUCUAAGAACUUUGCCUUUAGAACAUUUCAUUUUCUGAACAUCAUUGGUUAAAACAACUUCUUUGGAUAAGAGUGAUAUCAAAAUCAUUGAUUUUUUGUGUUAAAAAAUUAUAUUCAAAUUGGUAUGUUUUGGGGUCCAAAUUUUAUUUACACAAUGGCCUUUCUCUGGAACUGUUUUAUUAUUUUUUUUUUUUGGGGGGGGGGAGAAUUACAUUUUCUCAUCCAUUUCUUGAUGUCACAUGUUGACACACAUCAUUGGGCUCCCCCAAACAAUUUAAUCUUUACCAAAUUCUUUUUCUCAUCUUGGGAUAUGAGCAUACCUGUAGAAUGUUAAAAAUUACUUCACAUAAAAAUAAGGAUGUACGGUUCUCCUCAUUAGAAAACACAUUGACUGAUGAUGUUAACCAUGGCAAAAUUAAAAUUUCAAAGGCAAAGAA